UUCAUCUUCUCUUUUUCGUCCUUGCUGUUCGGCUUCCUUGGUUCGCAUGUAAGAUUGCACGAGUCGCUUCUUCGGCUUCUUCAUUGUCGUUCGACUUCGCUCCUUUGACGACGUUCCCUUCCUGUCGGAUCGGAAGUAACGACAUUUUGAUCGGAAGAAAGACGGGAGCUCGCUCGCUGUGAAGGAUUUAGUAAAUCCGGGAUUUACGGAAAAAAGAGGGAAACGGAGGAUUUAUUCCGCUGUGAGAUUUACGUCACUCCAACGGCGACGGUUUUGGUCGGCGGAAGAUGUCUUACAUGGUGGAAAAAUUGUCGGAGCUGAGCAUGGGAGGCGACAAUUGGGCCUCGGACGUCCCAAACCUUCAAAAAAAUCUCAGAAUUCUUAACCAGGAUCAGAUUGACCUUGCAAAGAUGCUGUUGCAUGAGGGACAAAGUCAUCUCUUUGCCAAUUGGGCUGAGCAAGGCGUUGACGAUGAGAAGAAAACGUGCUUCUUCAACCAGGUGUCACGGCUGAAUGCAAAUUAUCCUGGAGGUCUAUCAGCAUAUAUUCAAAAGGCAAGGCAACUUUUAGCAGAUUCAAAAACAGGAAAAAAUCCAUUUGAGGGCUUCACACCAUCUGUAAGAAAAUUUAUAACAUUUCUUUCUUUAUAUUAG